GCGCGCCCGCCGGCUGGGAAAAAGCCGGUUGCUGGGGGAGUGAGGAAGAAAGGGAGGGACCCGAACACGGAAGUGGUGGCAGCGCCGGCGAAGCAGGUGGAGGCGGUGACUGCGACGUCUGAGAUGAGAACCCCGCACGGAAGGGUGGGGGCUUGCAGACGGGCAUCCGCCUUAGAGGACCUACAUGAGGUGCCGGAGUGGUUGGGUCUCCCUUCUCCAGCUUAGCGAGCACCCAGAGUGAUGGCGGUGGUGAUGGCGGCAGUCACUCGGACAGCCCCAGUUAAACUGCGCUCCGAGAGAUAUAUCCAGAAAGUGCCCAGAAGAAACAUUCUACCGGAAAAACUGAAAGAGCAGUAUUUAUAACACUGGAAUUUGUGGACAGUUUGUUAAAAUGGCAGAAAAUAGUGAAAGUAAUAGUAAAAAUGUAGAUGUAAGGCCCAAAACUAGUCGGAGUCGAAGUGCUGACAGAAAGGAUGGUUAUGUAUGGAGUGGAAAGAAGUUAUCUUGGUCAAAAAAGAGUGAAAGUUGUUCAGAUGCUGAAACAGUGAGUGCUGUAGAGAAAACUGAAGUUCCUUUAAGGAGCCAAGAAAGGAAGCACAGCUGUUCAUCUAUCGAGUUGGAUUUAGAUCAUUCCUGUGGGCAUAGAUUUUUAGGCCGAUCUCUUAAACAGAAACUGCAAGAUGCUGUGGGGCAGUGUUUUCCAAUAAAGAAUUGUAGUAGUCGGCACUCUUCAGGGCUUCCGUCUAAAAGAAAAAUUCAUAUCAGUGAACUCAUGUUAGAUAAGUGUCCUUUCCCACCUCGAUCAGAUUUAGCCUUUAGGUGGCAUUUUAUUAAACGACACACUGCUCCUAUAAGUCCCAAAUCAGAUGAAUGGGUAAGCACAGACUUGUCUCAGACUGAAUUGAGGGAUGGUCAACUAAAACAACGAAGAAACAUGGAAGAGGUCAACUGCUUCUCACAUACCAGUGUUCAGCCCUGUGUCAUAACCAAUAACGAUUCUUCAGGUAGAGGUGGUUCUGGGACUGGCUCUAUAAUGAACCUGGCUUCAAAUAACAGUAUAGAAGAUAGUGAUAUGGAUUCAGAUGAUGAAAUUAUAACACUUUGCACAAGUUCCAGGAAAAGAAACAAACCCAAAUGGGAAAUUGAUGAAGAAAUCCUGCAACUGGAAACACCUCCUAAGUACCAUACCCAGAUUGAUUAUGUCCACUGUCUUGUACCAGACCUCCUUCAGAUCAAUAAUAAUCCAUGUUACUGGGGCGUUAUGGAUAAAUAUGCAGCUGAAGCUCUACUAGACGGAAAACCAGAGGGUACCUUUUUACUGCGAGAUUCAGCACAGGAAGACUAUUUAUUCUCCGUUAGUUUUAGACGCUAUAGUCGUUCUCUUCAUGCUAGAAUUGAACAGUGGAAUCACAACUUUAGCUUUGAUGCACAUGAUCCUUGUGUCUUCCAUUCUCCUGACAUUACUGGGCUCCUAGAGCAUUAUAAGGACCCGAGUGCCUGUAUGUUCUUCGAACCACUUUUAUCCACUCCUUUAAUUCGGACUUUCCCCUUUCCCCUGCAGCAUAUAUGCAGAACAGUUAUUUGUAACUGUACAACUUAUGAUGGCAUUGAUGCCCUUCCAAUUCCUUCUUCCAUGAAAUUAUAUCUGAAAGAAUAUCACUAUAAAUCAAAAGUUAGAGUACUCAGGAUUGAUGCACCAGAACAACAAUGCUAGGAAAAGGGUAGGAACACGGGAGUGAUUAUAUACAUAUUUUCAUUUAAUAUUUUAUUUUUCUUAUUAUGCCACUUUGAAUUUUUCUACAGGGGCAGUUGAAGUCCAAAAUAAACUUAUGCCCUAAAUUUUACUUCCAGAUCAGUUUAUUUUUCUUAGGAUACAAUAAUUGUUUAACAAUAAUAAUUGUUUAAUAAUUGUUACAGACUAGGAGUUAAUGGAUAUUUUUGACUAGGUGUUUGGUUUUUGUUUUCACUAUGUAGAUUGUAUACUUAAUUUUUUUCUUUUCUUAACUGUAAUUUGCAUAUGAUCCAGGGAUAUUUGAAGUUGGGUAGGCAUUGCAAACACAGUUAAAUAAUCUGUAUUUCAUACUUUUCUUUAAAAAUAAUCCUGUCCUUUCUUACAUAUAAAAUGCUUUGUUAUUCCUAUGCCAUUGGCAUUCCUAUACAUAAGAUAUAGUUUCCCCAUCAUCCUUUUCAGUUGUUUUAAAAGUCUUCAGUAAAGCUGAGUGUGUUGUAAUUUACAGUCCAUACUAAUGUAAUUGACUUUUAUAAUUUACUAAUAGGGAUGUUAAAGGUUAGCAAAAUGGCUUAAAAUCAAACUUCAUGUGUUUUCAUUUUAAAUAUUAACUGUAAAGCAGAAUUACUAAAUUUGAUUAAUCAGGUCAGUAAGAAUCAAAUGAGGACAUGAUAUUUUGGGGGUGAAUUUAUUCUUCUAUAAUGUGGCAUGGUCAUUUAUUAUUCCUUGAGUAGAUCUUUCUCUCACACUUGGAAGAGUUACCAUCUUCAGAACAUAAGUAUUGUUCCUUUCUCACUGGAAGCUUUAAAAAUAAUGAUAACACUAUUAGUAACUAGUAGCUACUAAAGUAAUAAAGCAACUGAGGUUUUUCUGUAUUUACUUAUGAACUGUUGCUUCUGCUUAGCUCUUUUUUAGAAACUCUGAGCCUGUUAGUUUGGAGAGAUGCCACAGUUUAUAAACUUAGAAACUCUGAGCCUGUUAGUUUGGAGAGAUGCCACAGUUUAUAAACAGCCACAAAUUUCCAUUGGUAACCAAAGAGACCUAGGUAGUUUUUCAUUAUUUUAAAUUGAGCUUGAAUAAAGAUUCAAGAAGUAAACAUGGAGCCCAGUAUUCAGGGAGCUUAAUAUUGGUUUUGAUCUUCAGGUUUCAGAUAAUUAUUACUAUUUUCAGAACUAGCAUGUCUUCAGUAUGGCUUCAAAAAAAGGGAAACAUUUUGAGAGCUACGUGGCUUAUGCCAUACUGAACAAUACUGGGCACCAGGCGUAAUAUUUUGAAUUUAACAUCCCCAGAACAGGGAAGUAUUUUUAGAAAUGUUAUAAGAUAGAUGGUAUGAUAGCCUACUCUUCUUUCUUAAAGAAUCAGUGAAUAAUAAAUUUCCUAGACAGUUACUCCUUCUGGCGAGUUGUUUACCCCUUUGUACAAGUUGGCAUUUUUAAUAUCAUAGUAACUGAUUUCUUGAUGGUAGUUUAGCUCUAGUAGGAAGCUGCUUCUACCUGGAUUGAAAGAAAUUUGACUCAGAUUUCCACGUUAGAAUACAGGUUUCUUAAGUAUCAUUGCUUUUAUGUUGAAGUAGCGUUUCCCUUUCCUGCAGUUCUGCUGAUAACAUAAAGAUGGCAUUUAAAAAUAAUUGCUUUAAAAUAAAUUGUUAGCAAUUAUCACAAAACUAAACAAGAAAAUCUGUUACCAUUGUCUUCUAGCAUAUUUUUUCUCAGUGAUCUCAAGAUUGUCUUGGUUCCAGUGAGGGUUAGCUACUAAAAUAGCACCUCUCCUAGCAGUGAUGAGGCUCAGGAUAUCAACACCAAUGUCAGGACAAACAUCUCUUCUAAAGAUGAUAUUUCCCUUUUACAAGAGUGGGACAGUCUCAUACGACCUCAUCUUUAUUGUGGCGCUUUUGUAGAUCACUGAGAAGCUUAUCUUAUUUACCAAUAUAGCACUUCCUAAAUGUCCAUCUUUGGUGAAAGAAAAUUAAUAGUAUGGUAAGACUCUACCCAUAAUUAUAGUUUUUUAUCAGAAUUUGAUAUUGAGACUUUCUGUUUCUAUGAAACAAUGUUGUUUUAAAUAUUUUUCUUUUAAAAAUAACUUUUUAUCAAUACAGAAAAACCUAAGGAAUGACUAGCUAAUGAAUAUUCUGUUGAAAGGUAAUUUUAUAAAGAAAAAUGAAAUAUUACGUUGUCUUUUAUAAUGGUAAAAAUUAGUAUUUAUAUGAAAAUCAAGAUCUAAGUAGCCUUUCGUAUAUUCAAACUGGUUGCUUGUGAUAUAUUUUCUCUGGCUUUCUUAUUUUUUCAACUUCAAGGUAUUGAUAGCUGUUAACAUUUUCAAAACACUGCCAUUUAUAUAGCCUUGAAGUAGGUGAUCUAGUAAAUGAGAGCAGGAAGGAGACUCAUUUACGCUGAAACGGUUUGUAUUUUUUCCUUUGGUAUUUGCUACAGAAAAGAAAUCGGGAAAGUAGAAAUGUAAGAUUUGAGAAAGGAAUUGUUUACCAUGAAGGAAAAAGAAGAGUAAUAAUAAAUUUUUUAAAGCAUGAAGGGAUUGGAAUGUAGAAAGGUUUAACCCUUUCUCAGUGACUUGUGGACACAUUUGGAAGAGCAUUUGGUAUUCAGAAACUUAACUCAUUAAAAAUGUAAUUACUGAAAUUAUGUGUAAGUAAAUGAGUAUAAUUUUUGAGAGGAACAAUGUGGGAAGAUACAAAUAUAUCUAAAUAUAUUGGAUUGGCCAAAAAGUUCGUUCGGGUUUUUCAUAGUAUACAGAAAAACCCGAACGAACUUUUUGGCCAACCCAAUAAAUUUUGUAACUAAGUUGGACGUGGUGAGCGUUUGAAAAGUGUAAAUUUCAGAGUUGAGAAAGCAUUCAGCAUGGUGGAAAUGUGUGGCACUUACUGGUGAGAGAGGAUGGGGCUAAAAGAAACAAGAUAAAAUAUUAAAAUUAAGACUUUAGGCAUUACCUCAGGGGAAAGCCUUGACAGUGAAAGGGGACUACUUGAUCACUAAUAGCUAGUCUGGACCAGACACUUAAAUGUGCUUUGGGAAUCAUCCUGCCCUAACCAGGAAAUAAACUUGACUUUUCUAUUUCUCUCUGAAGCUUUCAGGAAUACCCCCAAGCCCCCCUCUCCUUUUUUAAGCUACAGCAUCUUGAUCAUACUAUAAUUCCUGAAACAUGCUGAAUGGAUUUUUUAGGUUCCUUGAGCAUUUUUGUAUGAAGAAUCAUAUCUGAUCUUUCUAUAACCAUGCCAUUCACUUAAAUAAUUCACAGAGGGAAUGGUUUAAUUUAAAGGAAGACCUAAUCGGAAGAAGAUUAAAGGAAGCUUUUAGUCAGUCUGUGGCUAGAUUUAUUGAUUUGGUGAUCAGACCUGUGUUCCUUCCUGAAUAUCAGCUAAUGGCAAACUGUGGUCAAAAAAAUGGCUUUCAGUUAAAAGUUUUGACUUCUUAUUGUAAAUAAUAUAAAGAAUGUCUAAGUAAUUAGAAAUCCUUUUUUAAAAAGUAGAGCAAAUGUGGUAAAAAGGACUCAUAUCAUUACACAAAUUACAUUUCUUUUUAUAAGAAAAACACAAAUCAUUAUCAUUUAUUCAUGAGCCAAAGCCAUUAGGAAGAUAAAUCAAGUUAUCAGCUUUCUGUCUCUCUGAAGUUUGGAUCAUUUUAUAGAUCCAUGUAAUAGAGAGCUUCCUUCCUAUGAAACAAAAGCCUUGAGACCUAACUCUUACAAAUAUACUCUUAGUUUUCAUUAAAAAUCUUUUUUGUCACUUUUAGCUAUAAUCAGAGUCAAAUAGGUUAUAUAUUGAUUUUGGUAGAGCAAAUUUCACAGGAAGUGGAAUGUUAAUUAUAUAACAUUCCUGGAGAUAACACAAGGGAAACAGUGUUUAAACGUAAAAUAGAUUGUGUGUUAGGUAACUUAAUGCCCAAAUGAAUAAAAGAUUUUAAGUCAAGCAGAUUAUUGUUUCUACUUCGGAAGAAAAUCUUUACAAUCUUAGUUUUACAUAAUCAGUUUUACAUCCAUUUUUAUUUCUAAAGAUUGAACAGAAAGCACAAGAGGUUUUUCUUUUUUAAUGGUCUAUUAGAAAUGAGCAACACUACAGGAGUCUAUACUAUUCUUAACACGUGAAUAUAUUAGAGACAAAAUGGAGGUAAUUUUGGAAAUGGUUUGGCUUCUAAAUAGAAAUGUAGACUAAAUAGAAUAGUAGACUAAUGGAUAUAACCCAAUGGAAAGGAAUUUAAGGCACAUGACUCCUGUUUCAAAUAAAGCCAGUCUUUUUGAUUUACUUUUUAAUUUUGAAUAGAUUACUCAAUCCUAAAUCUUUCUUUACUUUCAUUUCCUAGCACAUAAAAUAUAGAUAAUAAUACUUGUCUCUUGACUUCCUGAAGGUUAAUUCUUCAGUUAAGAGGUGACCCUUGGAGCAUACUUGAAAAUAAUUUCUGUACAGCUGUUAAGUACUAAUGUGAUGAUAGGUUUUCAACAUAUUCCCUUAGUGGACCCUGCAGAUUCACAUUCACUUCUUUUAGUCUGUAAUAGGCUUUCUUGACUUAUUUGACAAUAAAGAUAAUGUUACAAUUUGAAUUUAUGGUUUAGACUCUGCAAUUAGAUGAACAGUUGCAAUUUCCUCCUACCCUUAAUAAGGUUUGUGUGAAAUUGAUGUUUGCCUAAGUUAUUUUAAAAGUUGAUUACAUUUGCAGGAAGUAAAGAUAAUCACUUUUGCCAUGGUUAUAAUCAAAUCUAAGCUUUCAGACUUGAGAGUGUAAAACUCAAGGAGAUUUACUUAAAUUAUGCUGACUUUGCUAGAAUUGGAUAAAUUCUGUAUAAACCAAGUACGCACUCGAUAUAUACUUGAAUAUACAGAGUUUAAGUAGUAACUUCACAAAGCUAUUAGUACUCUUAUCAGGCUUGUAUCCACCCCUUACCCAAAAAGAAGUAGAGUGUUCCCAUUUUUAUUUCUAAUCCUGAAGUUGAAUGUUUCUUCUUGGAUGUGAGUUCAAAUAAAUUGAUCUGAAUAAAUUUUCGUUUCUUAUUAAUUAAAACUUCAUAUAUAAUA